CCCCUUCACAAAAAAAUGAUCUUUAAUAAAAUUGGUAUAUUCUAUUUGUGAAAUUUUAUAGUAAUAUCUUUUCCUUUAAAUCCAGUGGCAAAUCUUCAUUAUUCUGCAUUGCAGUCUUAGAGAAAGUUUUUACUGUAGUCUGAACCUGUUAGCAUCGGUACCAAUACCAUGGGAGAAGCUUUUAUUGCAGAAGAGAUUGUUAAGGAGAUUAGCCUUAAGGAUAUCUCUAAGAAACUCGAAGAAUUCGCUCAGGCAAGAGAUUGGGAGAAGUAUCAUAGUCCCAGGAAUUUACUACUUGCUAUGGUGGGAGAAGUAGGGGAGCUAUCAGAGAUAUUCCAAUGGAAAGGGGAGGUGGCAAAAGGGUUACCAAAUUGGGGAGAUUCAGAUAAGGAGCAUCUUGGUGAAGAGUUAUCUGAUGUUCUGCUAUACCUUAUCAGGCUUUCUGAUAUUUGUGGCAUUGAUCUUGCUGAUGCUGCCUUGAAGAAAAUGGUCAAAAACGCGGUUAAAUACCCUGCUAAUAGGUUGUAAGGUUGUUGCAUUUUCCACUUAUGUUCAAGAUUAGCAGAUCAACACAUAAAAGUUUGCAAAUGGUUAAGAAAAUGCAACUGUUUUUUUUAGCA